UUAAAGUGCUUUACAUUUGAAUUAGUUGAUUUUGUUAUACUGUAUUUGUAACUACCAAGUAGUAAUAAUUAAGAUUUUGAUUCUAAUUUUACAUAAAAAAUGAACUAUAUAAGCGAAGAAGAAGAUGGUUUCAUACAAAAUGAUAUUAUGUUAUCAACAGCUGUUAAUCCUGUAAGAGAAAACUCCACCCAACAAACAGGAAUUGGCUUAAUUGGAACAAUUUUUUUAAUAAUAAAUGCCACAUUGGGUGCAGGUUUAUUAAAUUUUCCAGAGGCAUUUGAUAAAUCUGGUGGUGUUGGAACAGCUAUAAUUGUUCAAUUAAUAUUUUUAGUAUUUAUUACCUUUUCGUUAGUUGUUUUAGCAAAUUGUAGUGAUAUUACAAAUACUUCAACUCUGCAAAGUACUUUUGCAGGACUAUGUGGACCAAACUCUUUAUUCUUUUGUAGUUUUUGUGUUGCUACAUAUAGUUUUGGAUGCUGUGUUACAUUUUUAAUCAUUAUUGGUGACCAAUUUGAUAGGGUCUUUGUAACAUUCUAUGGAAUGGAUUAUUGUCACACUUGGUAUUUAGCAAGGCCAUUCAUAACAUGCCUUUCAAGUAUAGUUUUUAUUUUACCUUUGUCAUUUUUCAAAAGACUCGAUGCUUUGAAUUAUGCCAGUUCUAUUGGUUGUAUAACCAUUUUAUACGUUGUGUGGCUAAUAGUUUACGAAAGUUUUGAUCAUCAUAAGCUCCCAUCAAAGCCAAUGCACAUAUGGCCAGAAGAAGGAUCGCAAGUUUUACAAAUUAUACCUAUUGUUUGUUUUGCUUAUCAGAGUCACAUGACUGCUAUACCCACUUACGCAUGCAUGAAAGAUAAGCAAAUUGGAAAAUUCACACUUUGCGCCAUUAUUAGUAUGAUUAUUUGCUUUAUCUUAUACUCAACUGUCGGUAUCUUUGGAUAUGCAACAUUCGGUAUUGGAAAAGUUCCAAGUGACAUUUUGCAAGGAUACUCUGAUAAAAGCACAACUUUAACUAUUGCAAUUCUAGCAAUAGCUAUUAAAAAUUUUACAACAUAUCCAAUAGUGUUAUAUUGUGGGAGAGAUGCAAUUUUGAACUUAAUCGGCAGAGACGUUGAUUGCCAUUACUUAAUAAGAUGUUCCAUAACCAUAAUCUGGUUUAUUUUAUGUUUAGUAAUUGCUAUUAUGAUCCCAGACAUUUCACCCGUAAUUAAUAUGAUGGGUUCACUGUCAGCUGCAUUUAUAUUUUUAUUCCCAGGAAUUUGUUUACUUCAAAGCACAUUACAGAAAGAUCCUCAAUUAUAUUUAAAUAAAGAUCGAUUGAUGAUGUUUUUAGCUAUUUUUUUAACAGCACUUGGUGCUUUUGUUUGUGGAAUUGUAUUUGUAGAAGCUCUUCAAGAUUUAAAAAAAUCAUCUUCAGAGUCUCCUUUAAUUACUGGAUUUAAGGCACAAAUGGGCGCAAGUUUAUGUAAAUAAUUUGAAUUGAAAACAGUUAUAAUUAAAUACUUUGUGCCAUCCUUUAAAUUGAUAUAUUAAUAAAAGAUCUGAUAAUACAAGACUGAUGUAAAUACAUUCUUAU